GCAGCUGUCUGUCAUGAAAAACGCGGCACCGAUCCACAGGCUGCGCUGAUGUCCGUUGUACGAAAUCGCCCUUCGGUUGCUACACUGCAACCAACCCCUCCACACCAAGAUGCCAACAAAACCGGGCACAAGGGAACUUCUGGUCACCUCCGAAAUGGAUCUGAGACCCAAUUCCCUAGGGCUCCAACCACCUCCUGAGAGAGUGGUUGGGGUGGGGAUUAUUCCCUUUCCCUUCGCCGUGUUUGCGGUUGUGGCAGCACCGGCAUGACCGACCUCAAGACCCCGUCGACCGGCACCAGGACCGACACCCAGUGACCUGUUCAGAAUUGGUAUACGUGACCCUUUACAAUCUUAAGUGGCCUCAUUCUGAGAUCUCAAAGUGUCACUGGAAAGGUCCUGGCAGGUUUUGGGACCCGUUUUUCAAGACCCAUCCGGCCAAGAUGGUCCACCGAUCUGGACCAAAAUGGGACUCUGAGAUUGGACUCAUAGGAGUCCGGUCUCGCAGUCGUCCAACCCACGAGAAACCCGAGCUAUGCAGGUCCCAUGCGAGGGGCAUGCAGCGGCCGAAGUCACUUGGGAGGUGUCGCACCUAGGGCUCCAACUAACUCCUGACAAGAUGGUUAUGGUGGGUGCCAGGGGGGUCUAACCACCUUCUGAGGGUAGGCUUAGGUGUGACAAACUCAUCCACUGCGCGAAGGACGUAUGUGAAGUACGCAUGUUGCUGGAACAAAAUAAACUGGCAAUAUCUCAAAGUUCUGAACCUUCCGGCAUUGGAUCGUUCACAAAAAGGCCACUUUGAUUCAUUGGUGGGCUGCCAAUCAGUCCAAAGGGCUUGCGAAAUAGCGCUGGGAAGACACAAUCAAACAACCUCCAAUCGACACGGCGGGUAUAGGUGAGCGGCCCUGUGAGCGGCGGUCAACGGCGGUCGACGGUCUUUAUGUGCUUAGGACAAACAACAACACAAAAUGGCAAGUCUACGAUCCAAAUACAGUUUCGCUUUGCAAACGCAAACACAAUGCGAAGAUGUUGGAAGUUCAUGCGGUUCAUUCGGACAUGCUCUGGCUUAGGGCAUUAUAGGGCUUUGAAGCAGGCGCAGUCGCGCAGAUUCUGCGCUUUUCGUCACUCCUCUGAAGAAAGCUGUCGUGGGGCGACUGUCUUCCUUUCCUGAUCAUCUUGAGAGCUAAAACAAUAGCCAAUAGCCCCUUCGCACCUGACAAAGACAAGCCAUUUCCCUGGAACAAAGAGCACCGAACUCUGCACCGGUUCUUGUGGCAAAACACAGAAAAAGGUGACCUAUCCAUUUUACUGGGGGCAUUGGUCACAGGGUCAUGCAGCUAUCACACGCUUGCGCAGCAUACGCUUGUAAUUCAAACUGCUGGCAGGCCCGAGUUUUGAAGUCUGCCGCGCACGGACGACAAAGCUUGAAGGAUGAUAAGCAGGAUAUACCCGUCUCCCUUUCAAAUGGUCUGAUCUCUUUCAAAGAAGCUAUAUGACUUUGUAACUUCAACAGCACGGGAAGACAUAUAAAUAUCUUAUAGUCUCUGGCUGUUAUGGCGAUGAACCCAGCACUGGCGAUGCAUGACGCUUUGCGGCCCGCUCGCUCGCGCGGGCCGCGCGGUACGACGGUACGCCCCGAGGGCAGUACGAGAGAGCAGUCGAGCGGGAAGAGGGGGUCGAAACCCUACCAACAGAGGUUAGGUUAAGUGACCUUAUAGGACCCUUACUGGGGUACCUAUGCAUGGGAUAGUCUAGUUCGGGUGCUUCAACCUCUGUUGGUAGAGGAAGAUUCAACGGAAUCAGGAGCCGAACAUUGACUUCGUUGUUCAUCUUUUUCCGUGGGUCUUCAACCAAUCCGUGGCAGCUUAUCCGGCCGGAUUAAAGGUUAUAGCAUGGUUUAGCGUAUGUCUAUACACCCAUGAGAAAUCAAUUGGGCUACGAAGUUGUGGAGGUCAAGUCUGACCUAUAUAUGACUAUGAGGCAUGAGCUUGCAGUGUGCUGGGCAAUCUCUUUGGAGUUCAUGAAAUGCUCUGUUGUCCAUGAACUGUCAGGCCACAUCUGUACUUCAGCCCUUCAGCCUGCCACCUGUCCAGCGGUCCAGGACGCGCCCGGUCAAGCGACCUCGUCGUCCGGCGCGACCGAGGUCGCGCUCGGCCGCGCGGGUGGACGUUCAGCGUGGAGACAGGACGCUGAGGAAGUUGGAGCACUUCUCAGGUGAGCAGCUUCGAAAACCCCUAUUACUUUUUUGAUCUUUUUUGUAUCAUCCAGGUUUGCUUUCGCAGAGCUUUCGCGGAGCUUUCGCGGCCUGCAUUCUGGCUUUCGCGCAAGGUGUGGUGUUAUGUGGGGCUUUCACGGUGGCUUUCGCGGCGAUUCGUUUUCGAUUGGGAAAUUCGAUUGGGAUAUUGUAAAAAAGUGAUUGAUCUAUAUAUAAGUUAUCCGAUAUAAGUGUCCUUAGGGUGAUCAAAACUGAACAAAUUUCUUUCCGGCAACAUCCUGGCCCAAGGAGUUGUAGCAGCACCGUUCAAGUAUUAUUGCUGUCAUCAGAAGAGGAGGAAAACUUGCUGAAACUUUUUGCUGGGGCCAGAUACCUUUCCCGGAUAUUUUCGACUUUCGCGGUUCUUUCGCGAGGCUUUCGCGCGGCUUUCGCGGAAAUUCAUCUGGGCUUUUCGAUUUUCCCCUGAAACACUUGCUCUUCAGUGCUGCUGCUGCUGCUG